GGGAAGUUGCUAAAUCUCAUUCUUUCCAGACAUUUCAAGAUGACUCUAUUGAGUUUGUGGUAAUUUCAGGGCAGGGUUUUUUUUUGUUGUUCCUUGAACAUUGACCACCAUGAGAUCCGGAAGGAGCAGCCUAUAAACUAGCGCUGGUAUUGAACUGUGCGGAGCUGCCGGCGUAAAGAUCCGCGCAGAUGUGGUGGUUUCUGAUCGGGAGUUCGUGCUUGCCUGUAGCCCUGGUCAUCUGGUCCUGCGCUGCCUUUGUCAUCUCGUUCCUGAUCGCGGUACUGACCCGGCAUGUCCCUCCCCUGGUGCCCUUCAUCAGUGACACCGGGACCCAGCCUCCAGAAAGAUGCAUAUUUGGGUUAAUGAUAAACCUCUCUGCGUUUUUGGGUUUGAUGGUUAUGUACGUUCGAUACAAGCUGUUACAGACCUUGAUUGAGAGGAUUCCACUCAUCAGUCCCAGACUAAACAGAACUGCACUAAUAUGUGGAGCACUUGGCUGCCUUGGAAUGUGCAUUGUUGCAAAUUUUCAGGAAACGGCUUUGAGAAUAGUUCAUGACAUUGGGGCACUGCUGUCAUUCGUUAUGGGAACUUUGUAUCUCAUACUACAGAGCUGCAUUUCCUUCAAGAUGAUGCCUUACCAUCACACUCAUCUGGUUUGUGGCUUUAGAAUAAUGCUGUCGACAGUGUCCACUGUCGCCACCAUCCCUAGUAUCCUUUCUGUGGAAGGGGGAGGUCAUCAUAUUGAACCGGUCUUUUCAGUGGCAUUGAAAUACAGUAGGAGUCAUUCAGACCUUGUGUAA